AUGACUCCACUGUGCACUCAGCUGAAACUUACAGGCUCUUCAGCAAAAGCCCUUGUCAGUUUAAAAGAGGGAAGCUUAUCUAACACCUGGAAUGAAAAGUACAGUUCUUUGCAAAAAACACCCGUUUGGAAAGGCAGGAAUACAGGCUCUACUGCGGAAAUGCCUUUCAGAAAUUCAAAACGAAGUCGACUCUUUUCUGAUGAAGAUGACAGACAAAUAAAUACAAGGUCACCUAAAAGAAACCAGAGGGUUGCAAUGGUUCCCCAGAAAUUUACGGCAACAAUGUCAACACCAGAUAAGAAAGCCUCACAGAAGAUUGGUUUUCGGUUACGUAACCUACUCAAGCUUCCCAAAGCACAUAAAUGGUGUAUAUAUGAGUGGUUCUACUCAAAUAUAGAUAAGCCUCUUUUUGAAGGUGAUAAUGACUUUUGUGUAUGCCUAAAGGAAUCUUUUCCUAAUUUGAAAACAAGAAAGUUAACAAGGGUAGAAUGGGGAAAAAUCAGGCGGCUUAUGGGAAAACCACGGAGAUGUUCUUCUGCAUUUUUUGAGGAAGAAAGAUCAGCAUUAAAACAGAAGCGACAGAAAAUAAGGCUCUUACAACAAAGGAAAGUUGCGGAUGUUUCACAAUUUAAAGAUCUCCCAGAUGAAAUUCCUUUGCCCCUGGUUAUUGGAACCAAAGUUACAGCGCGAUUACGUGGUGUGCAUGAUGGUCUGUUCACUGGACAGAUAGAUGCUGUGGAUACUCUUAAUGCUACCUAUAGAGUAACUUUUGACAGGACAGGACUUGGGACCCACACCAUCCCUGACUAUGAGGUUCUUAGCAAUGAGCCUCAUGAGACGAUGCCAAUCGCUGCCUUUGGACAGAAACAGCGGCCUUCUCGCUUCUUCAUGACUCCGCCCCGGUUACAUUAUACACCUCCUCUCCAGUCCCCAGUGACAGACAAUGAUCCAUUACUAGGACAGUCACCUUGGAGAAGUAAACUUGCUGGCUCUGAUACCGAAACGCUAGGUGGUUUUCCAGUAGAAUUCCUUAUCCAAGUGACUAGGUUAUCAAAAAUUCUCAUGAUUAAAAAGGAACAUAUCAAGAAAUUAAGAGAAAUGAACACAGAAGCAGAAAAAUUGAAAUCAUAUUCCAUGCCCAUCAGCAUUGAAUUUCAGCGGAGAUACGCAACAAUUGUUCUAGAGCUUGAACAGCUGAACAAGGACUUAAACAAAGUUUUACAUAAAGUCCAGCAGUACUGCUAUGAGCUUGCUCCAGACCAGGGGCUCCAGCCUGCGGAUCAGCCAACAGACAUGAGGAGAAGGUGUGAGGAAGAAGCGCAGGAAAUUGUUCGGCAUGCAAAUUCCUCAACGGGGCAGCCCUGUGUCGAAAAUGAAAAUCUGACAGACUUAAUCUCCAGGCUUACAGCUAUUUUAUUACAAAUUAAGUGUCUUGCAGAAGGAGGAGACCUGAAUUCCUUUGAAUUCAAAUCACUUACAGAUUCAUUAAAUGACAUCAAGAGUACAAUAGAUGCAUCUAAUAUCAGUUGCUUUCAGAAUAAUGUAGAAAUCCAUGUUGCACAUAUUCAGAGUGGCCUGAGCCAGAUGGGAAACUUACACGCCUUUGCAGCAAAUAAUACCAACAGAGACUGAGUAGAAGAUUUAAUUAUUCCGACGGCAUAGAGCAUUGUUUUUGAGACAUCCUUUCCCUUCAUAUAGGCUUCCAACACCAGAUAACCUAACUGCUGGAAAACAAGGCUUAACCCUCCAGAGUAGUCGUUCAUAUACUGCACCGCUUCCUAAGCCAGCAUUGCUCAUCGGCGUCAUGUUUACUUUUCUUUUUAUAACUGAGCUGCAGUAGCAUGCUUAUGUCAUGUGUUUAUUAGCCAGAGUUUCAAACUGCAGAUGUCUGAGCACCGGGUCACGGGAGACAGCGCCGACCGUCUCUCAGUGUGCAGGAGCGGGGGCAGCGCACGCGGGCGGCCCCGCGACGAGGGUGCGGGCAGUGUGAAGGUGCCUGGCGGUGUGGAGAUGCCGCCUAGAAAGUGGCGGCUCUGGCUUACGCGGUCGUCUCCGCCUGCACGAAGCCAUCGGACGUGGGCGCCAGCGCUGGGGAAGCCGCCGGGACACAGGCCGUAGAUGGGGGCUGCACAGUAUAGAAGGCAAAUAGACUUAAGCGCGACAUGCUCCAUAGAGCAUUUUAUAAUAAUAUUUUAAUUUAUCAUAAUUUAUAAAAGAAACCUUUGUUGUUUGUCUGUUGAAAGAAAAUGAAGGAGCAGGAAAAAACCAUUUCUGCAGUGCUGUUUCAGCCAGUGAGUUUGGCAUCUUUUCCCAUCAAUUCAGGACAAAAGUGCUACUGUAAUGAGAUUUAUUUUUAAAAGACUGAUAACACACUAUUUUCAUAUUUUUUGUUUAUUUGCACAACUUUUGAACCAGGUUACUGGUUAAAAUUCAACAGAACACAAUUUAUAAAGUAAAAAUAUUUUAUAAUGAAAAAAUAUAAUAACCCGUGCUGUGAAAUGCAGAAAGAAGGUUUUAAUUGGUUAUGGGUUUGUUUAUGGUUUGUUUUUUCUUUAAAGG